AUGCCUCUCACGCUUCUUACCCUAUUAGACCCUAGUCAACCAAUUUUCUACACGGGAAUCUUUGACCAUCUAAACGUGAUGGAUACCAUCAGUCUACUCUCAACAUGCCGUCAAACCAUGGCACUCAAGAGACACAUUUUCAACGUCAACGCGUUGUUACGACCAUUCUUCAAGGAUCCUGUCCAAUUCCGUCAGAUCAUGGCCGACAAUGAUUUGAUUGUUGGAGGUAGUGUGGCUCUUCGGCUUUUCAGUCGCGAACACUGGGCUUCAAAUGAUCUUGAUGUCUAUACCGAGUCUCACGAAGCAGUACCAAUUGUCGCUGCGUUUCUUGAGAAAAAAGGAUACCGCUUUGAACCUUACUUCUGGCAAACAGAAAGCCUCAGCGAAUCACUCAGCAGAAGGAAUAGGGUUAGGCCAGAUGUUAAUGGGACUUAUCAACUUAGUAACGCGCACAACUUUAUUGCUGGAGCUAGGGGAUCCCCCUAUGGGAUUGAGCAAAUCAAGGAUAUCUAUGCUUUUGUCAACAAAGGGACGAAAAAGAAAGUCGAGGUAGUCCUGACCAGGGGUAGCGUUUUAGAACUGAUCUUUUCAUACUACGCUACUUUUCUGAUGAACUUCUUCACUUAUCGUACUGCAUUCUCCCUUUUCCCAUGGCCGACUUUCCGAGACAAGACGGGCUUCUUCGUACCUCCACAAACGGGACUCAAGGAAAAGACGAUGAAGGGUGUUCGGAAGUAUCGCGAUAGAGGGUAUGAGAUCCAACUAGUAUGGGAUGUCCAUCAUACCCAAGUGAAUCAUUUGCGUAUUCGAACCGUUGGAGAUAGUGAUACAUGGUCUUUGCCUCUUGGCACGGAUGGGAUUAAGAUACCGUCUCGCGAAAGAAGGCUAUCGGGCAAAACGUUCAGCCUAAUCUUUCAAUGUGGCAUUUGGUCGGGUCAAACUUUCAGGUUUCGAUUUGCUAGAAUUCAUAAGCAAUCACUUGAGGAACAAUUGCGUGAGGCCGAUCGCCUAACGCUAGAGGUGCCUAAAUAUCGAAGAGUCGUUUAA